AUGACAGAAGGCAACUAAGGCGCUCCACCUGACUCAGGGAUGAUAUCUGGUUCUUUUUACGCAUUUCUUGCUGGUUGUUUGGGUGCUGCCGCCUCUUUAUCGGCGAAACUCACCCUUGGCGCAGACUACCUGAUGGAAAUAUGCCAAGCUACAGUAAGCGGCACAUCCGGAGCGCAACACGAUGGACCUACUGUUUGUUCUUGGCUGCAUAUCCCUCUGCGGUUGAUGUGCAUGGGCUUGAUGUUCCUCUGCAACGCUGUCAUGUGGACCUUCUUCUCCAAAGCUCUUCGCUACAGCUCUUCUUCAGCCAUGGCCACUGCGACCACGAGCGCGGGCAACUUUAUCUUUUCAGCCAUACUGGGGAAGCUCAUUUUUGGAGAGAGUCAAGCAGGUCUGUACUGGUUGGGAAUCUUUCUGACGCUGUGUGGGAUGGUGGUGCUUCAUGGAUCCAGGCCAAAGGAGGACCUGCCACAGGAAGAGGGCAAAACCGACUAGUAUUGUCUUAUAAUAUUAUUUUUUAUUGUUAAUCAUUGUGUGUAAAUACGAAUUAUUUACCAAAGAUUUUAGACUUAAAUUGAUGUGGAAGGAGUGUUUACUGUAUGUACCGAUCGAAUCGGGCCAUUUUUCAGACGAUCGGGAUUGAGUGAAAAGAAUCUGGUUUGUAUUUAAAAAAAUAUACUGUAUUUAUGUUUUUCUGCUUCAUGCUCGUACAGCGCCACAGCCUCUCACCCUCCCUCCUGCUAAGUAGUGCGGCUAAACUUUCCAGCUUGCGCUUGGUACUUAAAGUUAACGAUGACUGACAGGUUUGUAGCUUUGAUCUUGCCAGAGAAGCUUGGUAGCUCUACGAUCAAAUCCACAAAUCUGUCAUUUUUUGUUAAACUUGCAUGUGUGCUGUGGUAACACAUUGAGUAACUGAGAGGCUUUUCUCUGCAGCGUGAGAGUCCAAAUGUGACGUUACUCACUCAAUGAAGCAUUUAAUAAAGACAAGCAUUUUUCUGUUAUUCUUGUUAAAAAAUCAUUCACAUUCUGAAGGUGGCACGGUGGGACAGUAACAUGUUUGGAACUUUUGUUCGGUAUUGGAUCGAGACUCAGUAUCUGCAGGUUCUCAAAAUAAGGUGACUGACUCUGGUACAAAAAUAUGCGAUCGGGACAUCCCCAAAUUAAGUAUUAGAAUUAUGAGACUGAAGAACGACAAGAGAGAUAUGGAUUAAAAGCCAUAUCCCGAUAUAUUUAGGCUGAAUAUCAAUAUGCGACCUAUAUCCUGAUAUCUUCCUUGCUAUGAGAGAGCAAAUGGUUAGUCCAAGUCAUAGCCAAAUAUGACAUUACCAUUUUUAUUGAAAACGGCUAUUUUAGUAAAGUGAUUUAGUGCUGCACCGGUUAAUCGAUCAACUUAAGUAAUUCGAUUACAAAAAAAGAUUUGAAUUAAAUUUUGCUGCUUCGAGUAUUCGUUUAAAGUGCCGUUUAAAUGGUUUGUUUUGAAAGUGUUGCAUUUAGUUUUAUUGAUUCGGGUGGAUACACUUUGCCUGGCAUGGCCAGACUGUUCUCCCUGUAUUUUUUUCAAACACUGUGAGAACAGCCUGGGACCCACCUCAUUAAUGGCCUCACGAGCCGAACGAAGUCCGUGCAAUCAGAUUUGAUUAUUUCCGUGACGUGUUCUUAACAAGCAAGGUCACUCUUGCGCGUCGGAAGUCGUCACCACAAAAACACAGGAGGCGAAAGGGAGAGCUGAGAAUAUGUUCCAAUCCACGGUAAAAUCAGUUUUAAAUGACCAAAAACACAUUGACACAAGUUAUUGACAUCAGUCUGACUCGCGCUAGCCAUGUUAAAUAAACGUCUCUGUUCUCCACUUGUGCCGCGCUAGAGUUGUCGCUUUACCAACGUCACGUCUGCCCGUCGCUGAUGUGUCCAAUCCGCUUGUCUGUUUGCUGUGGUUUGCUCCGCCAUGGGAAUUUGAUCCACGGGAAGGUCGCCAGAAUCAAUCGCUCGAAUAGCGGUGAAUCUGGAGUUCCAGGCUAGGAUACACUGCCUUCUAGUUGCAACAGUGAAUAUAACAUUCAAUUCACAUGGCUGAAUCCAGCUACUACCUGUUAAGAGCAACAUAAGCAAAGUUUUGUUUUGAGCUAACGUUUUUUUUAAUGCAUUUGUAAUCUAAGUUAUAGGUAUAUUUCACCAUUUUUUGUGGGAAUAUGUAUUAAACCAUUUGUUAAGAGCAUUGAAAAAAAAAAAAAAUUACCAUUUUACAGCAUUUAAGCUAGCGGACAUUUGCUACUUAAGUUAGCCAAUUGUUCUUGUUCUUUUUUUGAAAAUAUUUUUUAUACUGUUUGAGGCUCAGCUCAGGUAUUUUCAUUUUUUAUGUUCCUUAUCCGAACAUAAAAAAUAAUCGAUAGCUGCAGCCCUAAAGUGAUUAAAUGAAAACAGAAAUACUAUGUAAUAACAGGAGUGCCUUAUUUGAAAAUUAAAGCAUUGUAAUGUGCACAUUUAAACUAUAUGUACGACAAUCUGAUUUCAUAUCACAUUAAAAAAUAUCAUUUUUAUACCAAAUCAUUAUCCCUUGUUUAAAGUUAUAAACUUGCCAUUCUUUUAGAUCUAUUAUUCCCUGGUGUAAAAGUACGCAAAUCAUUUAGUUUCAUUCUGGUUUUAGUGUGAUUGCAGGAUUUACAAAGUUAAUGAUUAACAUCUUUAUUGUAACAUUAAAAGUUUGGGUCAUUAUACGUUCUUGUGUUGCUAUAAAUACUUUUCAACUGAGAGUUAAGUGCUUAGUAACGUAGCUGGAACUACAGAAAACAUGCUAUAAGGGCUGUUCUAAUAUGUAUAUACUUGUGCGAAACUAUUGAAUAUUGAACAGAGUAAAAGAUCUGUGGAAUAAAAUGUU